UCGUGCUAAUAGACGUUCAGUAAGUGACACUGUCUUCAGUAGUUUCAAGAUUGUGAUUGGAUUCUACCAAGUGACAAGUGGUACUCUCAACGCCUAUUCUUACAUCAAGUGGCCUGCAGCACUCACCAAGUUGAUGAAGUUUGCUGAUGUUGUACAACUGAACAUUUUCAAACUCGUUCCAUUGGAAUGCCUGAAACAGUCUAUAAGGUUAACGCCAUACGCCGGUCUUGUGGUUUAUAUCUCUUUAGAUGCCAUGGUCAUUCUGAUUGCAAUUCUAUAUUUCUUCAUCCAAAAGGCCCUUACAAAUAUCAAUCGUGAUAACAAGAGGCUUUCCAAAUGUAAAGCAAACUGCUAUCGAGCAGUUUUCUUGUUCAUUUUCGUCACUUAUCCUGCUACUUGUGAGAAGGUUUUCCAGGUUCUGCCAUCCAGUUGCCAUAAAGUGUGUGACAAUGAGCAAGGCUGUUCAUGGUAUCUACAGUCCGACUAUUCAUCGAAAUGCUUUACAAGUUUCUAUAACAAAUUUGUCAUCUUGGUCUACUUUACACUCUUGAUUCCCAUCGGAUUUCCUGUUGCCACGACGUUCUUCUUGUGGAAGUACUGCAGAAACAAUGGACCAGAAGAGAGCGACAUUGAAGAUGAAGGUAGUGACAAAGUACAUCUUGAAGUAAUGAAGAAGCGCUGCCAAGAUGAUGCUGCCGGCCAUGAAAUAUCAGCUGGAAUGAGGUUUCUUUACGAGAACUACAGUGAAGAUUGUUGGUACUGGGAGGUAAUCGAGCUUGUUCGUAAGGUCAUCUUCACCUCAGUACUGGUUUAUUCCGGUCAAGAGGGACGAUUAUUUCUUGGGGUCACCGCCAUCUUGUUUGGUUUCUAUGCAGUGUAUUUUGCUCACACACAGCCUAUUCCACAUUUGUUUGACAAAUGGCUUCAUCUGGGUGCUCUGAUGGCUACCAUGGCCAACCAGUUCAUAGCGAUGCUGCUAAAGAUCCCUGCAGAAACAGUUUCGACUUUGGUGGAUGCGGAGAGUGACGCCAUUGGCAUUACCGUUAUGCUGAUGUUUGCCAAUCUCUUCGUUGUUAUUGUUAUUGUAGUUCGCUAUGUGUACGGUGUUUACUUCACAAUGCAAGCCAUCAGAGAGAACCCAAAAUGCGAUCUGUCAUGUGUUCUCUCAGUGCUCCAGGUUGUAAACUUUGGUCAGGGUCAUGAAUUGUCCACAAAAAAAGGCAAAAAGACAGGACGAGAAGACAAGAUUGAGCCCAGUAAUAUAUAAAUAGAACUUGAUAAAAUACACAUACAGUGAAACCCCUCUAUACCGGACCCUCAGUAUACCGGAAUUCUCUCUAAACCGGACAAAAGUUUUGGUCCGGAAAUUUUUCCCAUAUAUCUUUUGUAAAAUAAACCUCAGUAAACCGGAACCUCUCUAUUCCGGAAACCGGACGAUAAUUUCGGUACCAAACGCUAUUUAACAAUAGAAUUCAACCCCGUUAGUCCGGAAGAACGUACACUUGUUUCAGAACUACCGUCACUAGCGUAUUUGCGGGUGUAAAAGCAAAAGCUUAUCAUUAGAAAUAUUUAAACCAAACACACCAAACAUUUAAUAUAAGAGCAAAGUAAAGCCUACAAAAUUGGUGUAGUUUUCAGCUAUGAGUGAUUCAAAGGCUCUUUGCGAAGAAGUACAGUACUGAUAUCCUUCUAUGGCAGCCUCUUGAUGUAUAGUACCAGUGUAGCUUUCACUGUAUUGCAGUUCAUAGUCAGUGUCAAACACAUUUAGCAYUGGUGGUAGUUCUGACUGCAUUAAAAAGGACUGUCUGGCUAAUUGAGAUAAACUUGAAUACAACUGAUUUCCAAUAUCCAUAAUUAACAUGAGGUCAUUGGUAGAAUUAACUCCUUGCUUGUUAAUGUAAAUCAAAGAGCACAAACUCAUUGCAACA